GUACCUGGCCAAGCUGUCCUCGGUGGGGAGCAUCUCAGAGGAGGAGACGUGUGAGAAGCUCAAGGGCCUGAUCCAGAGGCAGGUGCAGAUGUGCAAGAGGAACCUGGAGGUGAUGGACUCGGUGCGCCGCGGCGCCCAGCUGGCCAUCGAGGAGUGCCAGUACCAGUUCCGGAACCGGCGCUGGAACUGCUCCACACUCGACUCCCUGCCCGUGUUUGGCAAGGUGGUGACGCAAGGGACUCGGGAGGCGGCCUUCGUGUACGCCAUCUCUUCGGCAGGUGUGGCCUUCGCAGUGACUCGAGCAUGCAGCAGCGGGGAGCUGGAAAAGUGUGGAUGUGACCGGACGGUGCAUGGGGUCAGCCCACAGGGAUUCCAGUGGUCAGGCUGCUCGGACAACAUCGCCUACGGCGUGGCCUUCUCACAGUCCUUUGUGGAUGUGCGAGAGAGAAGCAAGGGGGCCUCAUCUAGCCGGGCCCUCAUGAACCUCCACAACAACGAGGCCGGCAGGAAGGCUAUCCUGACACACAUGCGGGUGGAGUGCAAGUGCCACGGGGUGUCAGGAUCCUGUGAGGUAAAGACGUGCUGGCGAGCCGUGCCGCCCUUCCGCCAGGUGGGCCACGCACUGAAGGAGAAGUUCGACGGCGCCACCGAGGUCGAGCCACGCCGCGUGGGCUCCUCCAGGGCGCUGGUGCCACGCAAUGCUCAGUUCAAGCCACAUACAGACGAGGACCUGGUGUACCUGGAGCCCAGCCCAGACUUCUGCGAACAGGACAUGCGCAGCGGCGUGCUGGGCACGCGGGGACGCACGUGCAACAAGACAUCCAAGGCCAUUGACGGCUGCGAGCUGCUCUGCUGCGGCCGCGGCUUUCCCCCCGGCCAGGGGGGGGUGGAGUUGGCCGAGCGCUGCAGCUGCAAGUUCCACUGGUGCUGCUUCGUCAAGUGCCGGCAGUGCCAGCGGCUUUUUGAGCCGCACACGCGCCGGGGCACACUGCACACGUGCCGGUGA